AUGUCCUACUCUCCGACCCGCCCGCGCUCCACCCUGACGCAUCAGGCUUCCUCUCCCAGCCCGCUGCGCCAGGCGUCAACCGCCUCCAACGGAUCCUCAGGCUACUCAUCCAACGAUGCGCCAAGCCGAACGAGUACUGUUUCUUCUAGCUCUAAUGGUGUGACCGAUUUCCGCAGCGUCCUCAAGAGCCAUAGGCGGGGUCUUAGCGAAAAUACUACCCUUGUGACCAACCAAGAUUCGCUGGGCCAGAAUGCCGCUGGCACCUACCUUUCCAUGCGUUCGAAGCUCCGGCCGCUACCACAUGCGCCUGCCAGCCCUCCUUCCUCACCAGAGAAGGCUCAUACCCCGACCCAUUCCCGCUCCAAGAGCUAUGCGCCGACCAGCUCUUCUCCUCCAAUCACAGACACAGCGCCUCCGCGCAUGCACACGCGGUCGCCGAACCCCCCCAUGACCCCACACUCUCCUCCUGCACAAGACACCACGCCGCCUCGUCUACAUAACAGAUCGCAAAGCCUGGAUCCAUUCAGUACACCUCAACUCCAUAGUUCUGCGUCUCCCACCUCUGCAAUGGACGGGUCAACGUCUCCGACCAAACAGUAUUCGAUGGCACUGUCCAGGUCAGAUACAGUGAGAGCACCUGCACGAGAGCGUCCGAAAUCUGUUCAUUUCGCCCCGCAGCUGGAACACCCCGACCUCAAGGGGCUGGAAAGGUCAACCACGGCGCAGCUGCGAACACUCUCGAAAUUCGGAGCCAGUGGCGAUGAAGAGUUCAGCAUCAAGUCGCCCGAUGAAGAGGUUGUUGGUAUGCAUGGGCGGCGUAAGCUGCAGCGAGGCAUGUCUACGCGCGGCAAGAAAGUCCAAUCUGGCUGGGCCACCAGGACAUGGAUGGAUCAGCAGAGACAGUUCUUGCAAGCAUAUGAGUACUUGUGUCAUAUCGGUGAGGCCAAGGAGUGGAUUGAAGACAUCAUCGAUAAGCCUAUCCCCCCAAUCGUACAGCUCGAAGAGGCACUGCGGGACGGUGUCACGCUGGCAGAAAUCGUUCAGGCUUUGAAUCCCGAGAAGCCUAUUCGAAUUUUCCGGCAUCCGAAAUUACAGUUCCGCCACUCGGAUAACAUUGCGCUUUUCUUCCGGUUCUUACACGACCAGGAGCUACCCGAGCUUUUCAGAUUCGAGCUCGUAGACUUGUACGAAAAGAAGAAUAUCCCCAAGGUCAUCUAUUGCAUCCACGCGCUGUCUUGGCUCCUUUUCCGAAAAGGCGUAGUCGACUUCCGAAUCGGAAACCUCGUCGGCCAACUUCAAUUCGAGGACCAUGAAUUGGAGGAGAUGCAGAAGGGACUGGACAAAUCCGGUGUCAGCAUGCCGAACUUCUCGGGUAUGAGUGCUAACUUUGGCGAACCUGAGCCUGAGCCUGAGCCGGUUGAGACUGAAGAGGAACGUAUUGAGAGAGAACUUGCGGAACAUGAGAGCAUUAUCGUCGAUCUUCAGGCUCAAAUCCGAGGUGCCAUGGAACGCAUGCGUCUUGGAGGUAUCAUGCAAGGUCUGUGGGAUAGCGAAGACUGGCUUGUCGACCUUCAAUCCAGGAUUCGAGGAGAUUUCUCGAGGCAGAUUGCUGAGUACAAGAUGGACAUGCGGAGGUUUGCGGUAAAUCUGCAGAGUGCUAGCAGGGGCUUCAUUGUACGGUCGAAGCACCGAAGCAAGGAAGAAUACUGGCGCAACAACGAGAAAGAGGUGGUCACCAUUCAGAGCCUCGUGCGUGCACGAAAGGCCAGAGCCGAGGUCCAGCAUACUAAGACCCGCGUCCAACACCAUGAACCUGGAAUCAGAUUGUUCCAAGCCGCCAUCCGGGGAGCAUUGAAGCGAAGGGAUGUUGGCGACCAGUAUGAGGCAACCCAGGAAGCAGCAGCCGGUGUAACUGAGCUGCAAGCCGCCAUCAGAGGUGCUCUGUUGCGCAAGAAUAUCGAGGACCAGCUUGCCGAUUUGCAGGAUGCCGAGCUCGGGAUUCAAGCUCUGCAAUCUGCUAUUCGUGGUGCACUGCUGCGCAAGAAGGUGGAGGAUCAGCUUGCUGCCGCACAAGAUGCCGAGAUUGGAAUCCAGGCCUUGCAGUCUGCCAUUCGUGGCGCGCUUCUGCGCAAGCAAGUGGACGAUCAGUGGGCAGCUACGCAAGAGGCUGGCAACCAAAUCGAACUUCUCCAAGCGCUGACCCGCGGCAUGUUGAUCCGCAAAGCUCAGCGCGCGGAACAGAACCACCUCCGCCAGCAGGAGGCUGUCUUCACAAUGCUGCAGGGAGCUAUUCGCGGAGCCGCUGCAAGGGCUCAGACUUCGCAACUGGUGGACGACUUGUCAAGUAACGAAGUUCACUGGGCAGAGUUGCAAGCUGCUGCUCGUGGCAACGCGCUCCGCAGCUCAAUCAACCAGCUGCGCGAAAGACUCGCUUCAUGUACUGACGGUAUCGUUGAACUUCAAUCUGCUGCCCGCGGUGCCCAGACCAGAGCUGAAGUUGCCGAGACAUUGAGCGCGUUGGCCGAGCAAGAGGAGACGGUCAUAGAUUUGCAGUCGGCAAUCAGGGGCCAGCUCCUCCGACAGAAGUAUCAGGCUGACCUAAAGGCCCUUGAGGCCGCGACCCCGAACAUCAUCGAAUUCCAGUCCGCGAUACGUGGCUUCGCCAUGCGAGGCGAGACGUACGACAUCCUUUGCGCUCUUGCCGAGAACGAAGACCAAGUAGUGGAGCUUCAGGCCCUCGCGCGGGCGAUGCUUGCCCGGGCGAAGAUCGGCAACCUUCUUAUGAACUUGGAGCCUGAAGAGGAAGCAAUUUGCGAGCUCCAGUCUCUCGCGCGUGGAAAAAUGAUUAGGACUCGAUUUGUUGAGAAGCAGAAGUUCUACAGAGAGAACAUGGAAAAGGUCAUCAAGAUUCAGAGCUUCGUCCGCGGUCGCCAGCAGGGUGAAGCGUAUAAGAGUCUCACUGCUGGAAAGAACCCGCCGGUUAGCACUGUCAAGAACUUCGUUCACUUGCUCAAUGACAGCGAUAUUGACUUCGACGAAGAGAUUGAGUUCGAGCGCCUGCGGAAGACGGUUGUUCAGCACAUCCGCCAGAAUGAGAUGGCUGAGCAAUAUAUCGAUCAACUUGACAUCAAGAUUGCCCUCCUCGUCCGGAAUAAGAUCACUCUUGACGAAGUCGUAAAGCACCAGAGGCAUUUCGGUGGCCAUGUCGGAAACCUUCUGACCAACAAAGAGCUGGCUUCCAAGGAUCCUUUUGAUCUCAGAGCACUGAACAAGAACUCGAGGAAGAAAUUGGAGCAUUACCAGGAAUUCUUCUUCAUCCUUCAGACCCAGCCCCAGUAUCUUGCACGCCUGUUCAAGAAGCUCCGCGACCAAGGCAUGGCUGAAAAGGAGAGUAAACGUGUUGAGCUCCUCAUCAUGGGCCUGUUCGGGUUCGCUCAGAAGAGGAGAGAGGAAUACUAUCUCCUUAAGCUUAUUUCUCGGUCGAUCAGAGAAGAGGUUGACAUGUGUGGUUCCAUUCAAGACUACCUUCGUGGAAACUUCUUCUGGACCAAGGUCCUUGGCAACUACGUCCGGACUCCACGAGACAGGAAGUACUUGCGAGAGCUGCUCCAACCGUUGAUCAAGGAGAACAUCAUGGAGAACGAAGCACUCGAUCUGGAGAGCGAUCCUCUGCAAAUUUACCGUUCGGCCAUCAACAACGAAGAACUCAGAACGGGCCGACGCAGCCGCAGAAUGCCGGAUGUACCCCGCGAAGAAGCGAUCCGAGACCCAGAAACUCGCGAAACCUUCAUCCGCCAUUUGCAGGACCUGCGUGACAUUGCUGACCAGUUUUUCUCUUGCAUGGAGGAGCUUCUCCACAAGAUGCCCUACGGCAUGCGCUUUGUUGCUCAGCAGCAAUAUGAAGCCCUGUGCGGGAAGUUCCCUCAUGAAGAGCCACAGCACGUCCUCCAAAUCAUUGGACACUGGCUCUGGAAGACUUACCUGCAGCCAGCUCUCGUGCAGCCUGAGACGUGGGGAGUCAUUGACCGUGGUCUCUCUCCUCUUCAGAAGAGAAACCUCGGCGAGGUGGCAAAGCCGUUGAACAGCUACAUCACCGAAGCAAUCGGCCGGCUUGAAGAAAUAUGGACAACCCUCAUCACCAUUCGUCCAGCUGAAACUCAGUUUGAUAUCGACGAGUUCAAUGAUCUCUACAGCACUCAGAAGCCUACUCUGUAUAUCAAACUUUCGGACAUCUUCGCCAUCCAUCAGCUCGUCGCCUCGGACCUCCCCUCUGUUUGCAUUGCGCAGGAAGACAUUCCUCUGCGGGAGUUGCUCCGCGAGCUGGGCAGUGCGAAGGGCAACGAACACGAAUUGUCCGGCGUGAAUGCGACUGAGAUCAGUCUUACUCUGAACCCCAAGUUCCAUGAAGUUGAAGAUGCCGAAGCACCCAUCAAGGCCUUGUUCAUGGAGACGAAGCGCUGUGUCCUGUAUAUCAUCCGCAUUCAGACGGGUCCCGACCUCUUGAGCAUCAUGGUCAAGCCGGUGACGGACGACGACGAGGAUCGCUGGGCGGCCCUUAUCCAGGAGGAAAUCCUUCCCGACAAUGACAGGCAGCGCUCGGCCUAUACCGAUACCGCCUCACCUCUGAUCGACAUUGCUUCUCUCAGCUACACGGAACUCAAGCGUACUGCACUUGAGAACGUCUUGACUCUGGAGCAAACGGGUCGCAUCACCCGUGACAACAAGUACCAGGAUCUGCUCAACGACAUUGCCAUCGAUAUCCGCACCAAGCAUCGCCGGCGCAUCCAGCGCAGCCGCGAAAUGGAGAACAUUAGGGCAACCCUCACUGCUCUGGAUUCCAAGUCGGAGUGGUUGGACAGCCAGCUCAAGUCGUACAACAACUACAUUGAGCAAGCCAUGAUUACACUGCAGAGUAAGAAGGGAAAGAAGCGCUUCCUCCUUCCCUUCACGAAGCAGUACAACCACGAGCGUGAGCUGCAGAGGCGAGGCCAAGUUCCCAAGUUCGGCUCGUUCAAGUAUUCAGCUCGGGCUCUUGGCGAGAAGGGUGUGUUGGUCGAAUGGCGAGGCUACACGGACAGAGACCGUGGCUGGGAGAAGACCAACGUCACCAUCUCCAGCGACCAGGUCGGUAUCUUCCUUGUCGAAGGCUCGGUCGGAAGCAUGAUGAUUCCAGGAGCCAGCGCGGUGAUUCCACUCGACGAUCUCCUGCAGGCGCAGUUCGAGAACAAACAGUUCAUCCACCUGUUUGGGGGAGAGGACGGAGCAGCUCAAGGCUCGCUGAAGCUUAAUGUUAAUCUCCUCUUGCACCUGGUGUUCAAGAAGUUUUACAGAGAUGGCGGAUCUUGA